AUGACGACUUCACUACUGAAGGUACUAUUGAUUGCAUUCGGGGGACCAUCAUCAAGUGGCAAAACCACUGCGGCCAAAGCACUUCAAACAAUUCUACCGAAAUCAUUAUUGGUUCAUUUAGAUGAUUUCUAUCUACCCAGCGACUUGAUACCCUAUGACGAAGAAGUCAAGGAACAGAAUUGGGAUGUACCUGAAGCCAUAGACUUUAAUAAGUUUAAGACAUAUAUAGACGGUUUAAGAACAGGUAAAGGCUUAAAUAUACAGAUAGACUCUUUAGAAGGCGACACGCCACUCAAAUUAGAUUUAAAGGGUCAAUUAAAGUUCAAGACGUUAUUGAAUCAAUAUCCAACUCUUUUCAAUCAUGAUGAGGAGACGAUCUUUGUGCUUGUGGAUGGGUUUAUGUUGUACCAUGAUCCUAAGAUAACGGAACUUUUCGACAUUCGGUUUUUCUUCCAUGCUCCAUAUGAAACAUUAAAGUAUAGACGAGAACAUCGUCAUGGGUAUAACACUGAUGUUGGGGUGUGGGUUGAUCCUCCAGGGUAUUUUGAUAGAUUAGUGUGGCCUGGUUAUGUCAAGACGCAUAAAUAUCUCUUUAUCAAUGAAGAUGUGGAUCAAGAACUUACUGACUAUGCUAAAGAAACUUUACAACUACAAGAAUUUAAAAAUGAUGAUAGUUUAUCUUUAGAAGAUAUGGUUCAGUGGUCGUUGCAAACUAUAAUAACAAAAUUAAGCUAA